AUGGAAGAAACAGAGAAUGAAUUUUCAAGAAAAUUCAUCUACCUCCUCAUAACAAUCACCACUAUAAUCUCCACUCUCCUCCCCCAUGUCUCCGCCGUCGACGACGACGACGCGGCCAUCAUGGCCAAGCUUGCUAAAUCCCUUUCCCCAACUCCGACAGGCUGGUCCGGCUCCGAUCCAUGCAAAUGGACCAGCGUUUCCUGCGACUCCUCCGGCAGAAUCUCCUCCAUUAGCCUCGGCGGUAAAUCACUCUCCGGCGAAUUACCAUCGGAAUUCAACCAACUCUCCAAUCUCCGGUCCCUCAGUCUGCAAAGAAACCAGCUCUCGGGGGCAUUACCGUCCCUAUCAAACCUCACGUCCCUCGAACGAGUCUUUCUUGACAACAACAACUUUUCUUCCAUUCCUAAUCCUUUCCUCUUAGGCUUGACGAGUUUACAAAUACUAAGCAUCGGUGAAAACCCUAAUCUUCCUCCAUGGACCAUCCCCAAUUCCCUCUUUGAGUCCACAGCGCUUGUUGCCUUACUCGCCAAGCAAUGUAACAUCGUGGGUACAAUUCCAGACAUAUUUGGGAAAUUCCGUAAUUUGCAGAAUCUUAGCCUUUCGUAUAACAAUCUUACAGGUUCUUUACCGGCAUCGUUUGGCAAGUCCCAGAUUGGGAGUUUAUGGCUUAACAAUCAGUUGAUGGGUCUUUCAGGUAGGCUUGAUGUUCUUGGCACAAUGUCACAGUUGCAACAGGUUUGGCUUCAAUCAAAUCAGUUUUCUGGGCCAAUUCCUGAUCUUUCAAAUUGUACUUCCAUAAAUGAUCUUCAGCUUCGCGAUAAUCAGUUAACGGGUGUGGUUCCUGAUUCUAUGAUUUCGCUUCCUAUGCUUCAUAAUCUGUCUUUACAGAAUAAUAAAUUUCAGGGUCCAAUGCCUAGUUUUCCUAAAAAUGUUCAGGUGACACUUGGAGAAACAAACAGUUUUUGUAAUACAAGUCCAGGCCCUUGUGACCCUCAGGUGACAACAUUACUUGAGGUUGCUGGGGCAUUGGGAUAUCCUAUGACAUUGGCUGAGUCCUGGGAAGGGAAUAAUGCUUGUAAACAAUGGAAUUUUAUUUCAUGUGAUUUGAAGGGAAGUGUGAGUGCUAUUAAUUUUGGGAAGCAGAAUUGGGUUGGUACAAUAUCGCCCGCCAUUGCUAACUUGACUGCAUUGAAGAAUUUGCUUUUGAAUGAUAACAAACUCACCGGUUCCAUACCGGAUAGUCUGACUAGUUUAGCACAACUACAGCUUCUUGAUGUCUCCAACAACAAUCUUUCAGGAAAAAUACCACCUUUUGCUUCAUAUGUGAUGCUUAAAACAUCUGGCAAUCCAUUACUUGGCACAGAUUUGCCCUCUGUUCCGAAUAAUACUUCUCCUGGUGGAACUUCAUCCACUGGGACAAAUAGUCCAUCGGGUGGAGCAACUACAACUGAGUCUUCUAUCUCUCCAUGGGGGAUUGUUGGUACCAUAGUUAUAGCUGUGAUCUUAAUUGUUGCUCUGUUUUUGGUAAUAUAUAAAUGCUACAUGAAGAAGCGCAGUGGGAGAUUUAAGUGGGUUAGUGGCAGUCAAAGUUGGAAAGACAAGGAGAAGAAAGAUGCCGGGGCUAAAGUGACUAGCUAUGACGCCCUUGCAAGUGAAUCAUCAGGUCAAAGUAGAGAUCCAAACAGUGAUAUUCACGUCUAUGAUGGUGGGAAUGUUGCUAUUCCAAUAGAAGUUUUGAGAGAAGUGACAAAUAACUUCAGUGAAGAUAACAUCUUGGGUAAGGGUGGAUUCGGCGUCGUCUACAGAGGACAACUCCACGAUGGGACAGAAAUAGCCGUGAAGAGGAUGGAAUCGACUUCGAUGAAUAACAAAGGGCUGAAUGAGUUCAAGGCUGAAAUCGAGGUUCUCACAAAGGUUAGACACAGAAAUUUAGUCGCGCUUCAUGGUUUUUGUGUCGAUGGAAAUGAAAGGCUUGUGGUCUAUGAGUAUAUGCCCCAGGGGACACUGGGGCAGCAUUUGUACCAUUUUGAUGAAAUGGGGUUUCAUCCACUUACUUGGAAGGAAAGAGUCACCAUAGCACUGGAUAAUGCACCUGAAGGGCAAUACUCAGUGGAGACUCGUUUAGCUGGGACUUUUGGAUAUCUUGCUCCAGAGUAUGCUGCUACUGGAAGAGUGACCACAAAAAUUGAUGUCUUCUCAUAUGGGGUGGUAUUGAUGGAGAUGAUUACGGGUAGAGGAGCACUGGAUGAGACAUUUCCAGAGGAUAGAAUUCAUUUGGUUCCAUGGUUCCGAAGAAUCCUUGUUAACAGAGACAACAUCAGACAGUCCAUAGAUCCAUCCCUGGACCCAGACACAGAAACCUUAGAGAGCAUCUUCAAAGUAUCAGAACUAGCAAGACACUGCACUGCUAGGGAGCCAUCUCAGAGGCCGGAUAUGGGCCACGCGGUUAAUGUCUUGUCCCCACUUGUGGAGCAAUGGAAACCCACCAGCGAUGAGGAAGAAGAUGGCUUUGGUAUUAACCUUCGGAUGAGCCUCCCUCAAGCCCUGCAGAGAUGGCAAGCCAGUGAAGGUUCCACGAUGAAUGAUCUGAAUACUUACAGUGAUGCAUCGACGACAUGCGACACAGCAGCCUUCUGGGGUUGA